AUGAAAUAUAAUAACGAACCGUUAGGAGUCGCAAGAAAUGAAAUAUUUGACAAAACGUUUCACGUUAGCGUUGAAGCUGAGGGUAUAUCAUCAGAACACAAACCGAUCAAAUUAUGGAAAGGAAACGAAUUGCGUAACAGGACACGACACAUACGUUGUAAACAAUCAACGUGCGACGAAUUUAGAAUAUUUCAUUUGGGAUUUUUGGAUUAUACUCACUACGUUUUAACAGUACAUUUUUACGGUUUGGAAUCAUUUCACAAAAGAUAUCACAUAAAAGAAAUUAACAUAUAUUUUAAAACUUACAAUCCGGCAUUCACGCAAUUAGAAAUAUGGUUUAGAUUUAUUUUUUUAUUUACAUCAUUCAUAACGACUUUUUGGUUUACUCACGUUUUAAGACGUUUUUCAAUUCAAGACUGGUCAAUUGAACAAAAAUGGAUGUCGAUUCUCCUUCCGCUUCUUUUACUUUACAACAAUCCAUUUUUCCCAUUAUCAUUUCUCGUCAACAGUAGUUUUCCCGGCAUAUUAGAUGCCAUUUUUCAAGAAACUUUUUUAUCGGCCAUACUUUUAUUUUGGUUAUGCGCUUAUCACGGUUUGAGACAGAACGAAAGAAGAUUUUUAACAUUUUACGUGCCUAAAUUAUUAUUAAUACUUCCAAUGUGGUUAUCAUCCCUAACAUUUGCCGUUAAUCAAAGAUAUUGGGAAUGGGCGGAUCCGACAUACAGUUAUCAAAUUCACACUGAUCAAUUUUACGAUUACAAAAUCGUUUACGUCGUCAUAGGAAGUCUCUACGGUGUUUAUUUGGGUUGUUUAAUGUUAAGAGUUUACAGCGAAUUAAGAUCGAUGCCAUAUUUCGACGUUAGGCUUAAAUUGUUAACGACGAUGUUAAUAAUAAUAGUCGCAUUUGUUUUCUCGUUGUUUUUAUUAAAAUUCGGAAUCGGUGUCGUCGAAGAUAAUUUCGCAUCCGAAUUAACAACGAAUUAUAAAAGUUCGGCUGAAUUUAUGGCGCUCUACGGUAUACUAAAUUUUACCUUUUAUGCCAUGGCUUACGUUUACACACCGUCAACGUCUUUACCCUUUGAAUCGCAAAUAACUAAAGAUAAUCCCACGUUUUCCAUGAUAAACGAUUCUGACGAAGAUGUCAUUUACGGUUCGGAUGAGGAUACCAGCAGCCGACAACCAUUGAAUCGUUCUUGUAACAACGACGACAGCGAUUGA